ACAUAUGUUUUUGGCAGGCGUCGUCCUGUUUCCUAUAAACUCCUACCUCAUUUCAACCAUACAAAAACCUUUACCCCACACGAUCAGAAUCAAACAUUAUUCUCACCACCAUCCACCGCCAAUCCAUCACGAAUCCACAUCACCACCACCGCCAUCACCGCCUCCCGCCAAUUCAUUUCUCUCCCUCCAACCCUUCAAAUUCUCUGGACCACCAAAUUCAACCCCAAAACCCCCCAAUUCCCCCAAGUUAACACUCCAAUCCUCGAUCAAAACCCUAAUUCUAAAUCCAAUCCAACGGGCCAAUUCAAUCCAACCCUCUUCACAAUUCCCACCCCGAGAAGCCCCAGAACAUCAAAAUCGGUCCUUUCCGCGCCACCAGCCAGUAAUUGUUGAUGGACAGAAUCAGGGUCCCAAAUGAAGCAUUAAAGCCCAGCUUCCCCGCGGCGGCGGCUCCGCUGGUCACGUGCUCGACGUCGUGCACGGAGACCGUAAAUGGGUGCCACGAGUUUAAGAUCAGUGGGUACUCGCUCGCCAAGGGCAUGGGAAUCGGCAAAUACGUCGCCUCCGAUUCGUUUGUGGUCGGUGGUUAUACAUGGGCUAUAUAUUUCUACCCGGAUGGCAAGAGCGUCGAGGACAAUGCCGGGUACGUGUCGGUGUUCAUAGCUCUGGCGAGCGAGGGCACCGAUGUCAGGGCUCUGUUCGAAUUGACGCUUUUGGAUCAGAGCGAGAGGCAGCGGCACAAGGUGCAUAGCCAUUUUCUGAGGAUGCUUGAUGGCGGUCCUUAUACGCUUAAAUACCGGGGAAGCAUGUGGGGUUAUAAACGCUUUUACAAAAGAAGUCUUUUAGAGGCAUCAGACUACCUUAAAGAUGAUUGUCUUAUAAUAAAAUGUCGUGUUGGUGUUGUUAAGACGAAUACAGAAGGACCUAAAACGUACAAUAUAGCAGAACCACCUUCCAAUAUUGGCCAACAUUUUGGUAAGCUUUUAGAAAGUGGAAAGUUGACUGAUGUAAGUUUCAAAGUUGACGAAGAAGUAUUUGCUGCCCACAAAGUGGUGCUAGCAGCACGCUCGCGUGUCUUCAAGGCACAACUUUUUGGUCCAUUAAAAGAUAAGAACACUGAUUCCAUAAUAGUUGAAGACAUUGAAGCUCCCGUAUUUAAGGCAUUACUCCACUUCAUCUACUGGGAUUCUCUACCAGACAUGCAAGAGCUUGUUGGGCCGCUAAAUUCAAAUUGGGUGUCUACAAUGAUGGCCCAACAUCUGCUGGCAGCAGCUGAUCGCUAUGCCCUCGAGAGGCUCAAGCUGAUGUGUGAGGCUAAACUUUGCGAAAAUGUUGCCAUAAAUAAUGUUGCAACAACGUUAGCCUUGGCAGAGCAACACCAAUGUGAACAACUUAGAGCUGUAUGCCUCAAAUUUAUUGCAGUGCCUGAAAAUUUAAGAGCUGUGAUUGAAACUGAUGGAUUCAAGUACUUGAGGGAAAGCUGCCCUUCUGUCAUCACUGAGCUACUGCGUUACGUUGCAAGUAUUGGUGAGCAUUCUUUUGUUACUUCUGGGUACGGGAAAGGGAACUUAUCAGACGGCACUGAUGGGAACGGAAGGCGGGUUAAGGCAAGGUUGUAUUGAUUUGGAAAAUAAGCCAUUAGAAUAAUAAAACAAAAACGAGAGUUUGGUUCAUCUGUUUUUUCUUGUUUGAUUGUAAUAUCUCGUGUUGCCAAGGAUUUGUUUGCGAUGUAGUUUGUAAACCUCUGUUGAUGGCUGGCUAUAAUGUGUGUGCAUUUUUUCUUGGUCCA